CCCUCUGCCGGGUGGGGCCCACCGUCGGGAAACGAAACUUUUUUUUUCUUUUUUAAGUAAAAUUGAUAGAAUUAGCAGCGGUACUGUACAGGCCGAAAAUGCAGAAAGAAAAGCGGCAUCAAUCACAGGCCAUGACCAUGAGCUUCGCUGUGUCAGCCGGCACGUGUCUCACUGCACCUGCCCUCCGCCCGACACGUAUUUGCUGGUGCCUAUGCCUCCUUGUCCUCGCCGCCAUUGCUGUCGCCGCUGCCGCUUCAUUUCCAAAUGAUCAGAUCGCGAUUCUUGCGUCCCUCAUGGACAGUACGCAAGUGAACUUGAGAAACCAUAGUAAAUGCACUGGAAAGAUGGAUCAUGAUUCAUUGUGUAGCAUGUUUGGACUCUUGGAUGCAGAAUUUUUCUCUGAUGCCAAGAUGCUGGAGAUUGAGAAGGGUGCCAGAGAACUCAAUUUACCUAUUAUCAAAUCCAAUCGAGAAUUAGUUGCUUCAGUAAAUGGAGGAUUAGAGAAUCCAUCUUGUUUGGUGUUCAGCUCUUCAUGGAGUCAUGAUCAUGCCCAACAUGCCUCUAAAAAAUUUAACUACCCUUCUCUAUCUGGUAUAGAAAGGCCAAAGAGUGAUGAAGAUAUUGCUUUCAUGAGCAUUCAUGAGUUGGGUCAACUAAUUAUGUCUAAACAAAUCACAUCUGAAGAGCUUGCUCGAAUCUUCUUGAAUAGAUUGAAAAGGUAUGGUCCAGUCCUUGAAUCUGUAAUCACCAUAACAGAAGAACUGGCAUACGAGCAAGCAAGAAGAGCUGAUCAAUUACUUGCACAAGGCAAAUAUCUCGGCCCGCUUCACGGGAUUCCAUACGGUUUGAAGGAUAUAAUUGCAGUGCCCCAUUACAAGACGACUUGGGGUUCUAGAACGUUUAAAAAUCAAGUUCUUGAUAUUGAAGCUUGGGUGUAUAAGAGGCUGAAAUCUGCCGGGGCAGUUCUUCUUGCAAAACUUGUGACAGGGUCACUGGCAUAUGACGACAUCUGGUUUGGGGGUAGAACGAGGAAUCCUUGGAACAUUGAGGAAUAUUCAACUGGUUCGUCGGCUGGACCAGCUGCCUGCACCUCAGCUGGCAUGGUUCCCUUUGCUAUUGGUUCAGAAACGGCUGGAUCCAUCACUUACCCUGCUGCUCGAUGUGGCGUGACAGCAUUUCGUCCUACUUUUGGAACUAUUGGAAGAACGGGUGUUCUAAGCUUAUCAGAGAGUCUGGAUAAACUAGGACCUUUCUGCAGAAGUGCUACAGAUUGUGCAAUUGUUUUGGAUAUAAUCCGAGGCAAGGAUCCACAUGAUCAUUCAUCCAGGGAUAUCCCCUUUUCUGAUCCUUUUUCAGUUGACAUAACAAAGCUGACCGUAGGAUACCUAGAGGAUGCAGAGAUGGAUGUUGUUCAAAAGCUUAAAUCAAAAGGCGUCAAUAUGGUUCCUUUUAAGCUGAAUUACACUGUCCAUUCUGCUCAAGGUAUCUUAAACUUCACGAUGGAUGUUGAUAUGUUGGCUCACUUUGAUGAGUGGCAACGUGCUGGCCUGGAUGAUGAGUUUGAAGCUCAAGAUCAAUGGCCUGUUGAACUUCGCCGAGCCCGUGUCAUACCUGCUGUAGAUUAUGUUCAAGCACAGAGAGCAAGAGGAAAACUAAUCCAGGAAGUUAGAGACAGUUUUAGAGUCGAUGCGUUUAUUGGAAACGCCACAGACUGGGAACGGGUGUGCGUCGGCAAUCUUGUGGGUAUGCCUGUAAUUGUAGUUCCAACUGGAUUUAAGCCAAUAUCUGAUGCUCCUACAAAUAACACUCGAAGAAGAACUACAAUCACCACUGGUGUUUAUGCUCCACCAGAGCAUGACCACAUUGCUUUGGCUCUGGCAAUGGCUUAUCAGACAGUGACAGACUAUCACAAGCAGCGCCCACCUAUAGAUGACCUGGGACCGGAUGACUCGAUUCCUAAUCCCCUACAAGCUAUACCUCCUAGACAGCUACAUGGUUGAGUGAUCGGAAAAGGAAAAUUUUCAGGUAGUUUCAUCCCUGUGUUUCAGAAAGGAUAUUAAUGUGCAAAUGGCGUGCAAGCAGAGAUGCUUCUAUCUAGGACAAACACGAGCAUAUGUAGCGUUGCACGUGAAAGAAAUAUAUGAAUAGAACUUACUAGAUGCAGAAUCUGCAAAAUGAGGUGAGCAUGUCUUCAACGGGCCUCCGGCUUCCAAUACUCCAUCACUAUUACAAGGGAAGGGAAGGGAAGGGAAGCAGCUAUGUGUUGAAGUGGUGGAAUAUUGGAAGCCUUUGAGGGCAGUUGGGAACAAUACCGAGAGUGUUACGAUGCUAUAUAAGUGCACUUGGAACUCCAGUUACACGGGUUUAUAUAAGCAGUGGCCUUCAUAUUUUGAUUAA